AUGGGGCGGGAAAUCUUGGCCAAAGAAAAAAAUAUCAUCCACGUCGAUGGAACUGUAACGGUGUGCGGAGAUAUUCACGGGCAAUUUUACGAUCUCCUUAAACUUUUCUCCGUCGGUGGGCCCAUCGAGGAUGCGAAGACAAAGACUAAGGGGACCAAGUACUUGUUUCUUGGCGACUAUGUUGAUCGUGGAAAUACGUCCAUCGAGUGUGUGCUUUAUCUCUGGUGCUUCAAGAUCUGCUACCCGGAUUCGAUCUUCCUCCUUCGAGGCAAUCACGAAUGUCGCCAUCUGACUGAGCAUUUCACCUUCCGCCAGGAAUGCGUCGUCAAGUACAACGAGGAAGUUUACAACGAGUGCAUGAACGCUUUUGACGCUCUUCCGUUGGUCGCGAUCAUGAACAAAAAGUUCUUCUGCGUGCAUGGCGGUAUCUCCCCUCACAUCAAAAAAAUAGACGAAAUCAGCAAAAUUAACCGAUUCCAGGAGCCAGAAGCGGAUGGACCAAUGUGCGAUCUUCUUUGGGCUGAUCCGCUAGAAACUUUUGGGAACGAGCCCUCAGGCCAGGAUCGUUUUGAACCAAAUGCCGCUCGUGGAUGCUCCUUCUUCUACUCCUACGCAGCAGUUUUGAAGUUUCUCAACGAGAACGGCUUCAUGUGCAUGAUUAGAGCCCACGAAGCCCAAGAUCACGGUUAUAAAAUGUACAAGAGUAACCCAAAGAACGGUUUCCCAGUUUUGAUCACGUUGUUUUCGGCGCCAAAUUAUCUCGAUGUUUAUGGCAACAAGGCAGCUAUCCUCAAGUACGAAAAUACGGAUAAAGGAUCGAUGAACAUUCGUCAGUUCAACUCAACUCCGCAUCCUUACUGGCUUCCCAACUUCAUGGACGUAUUUACCUGGUCCCUUCCAUUUGUGGGUGAAAAGGUCACGCAUAUGUUGGUCAGUCUCUUGAAUAUUUGCACCAAAGAAGAAUUAGGAAUCGAGGAGUUAGAUGACGACGAAGAUCCUUCCACUGAGAAGAAAAAGAAGAAAGAGGUCCUCCGCCAGAAGAUCAAAACUAUCGGCAAAAUGGCGAACCAGUUUGUCGCCAUCAGAGAAAGACAGGAAAUCGAUCUUACAUUGGCCCACAUUACCCAUGCAACUGGAAGCGAGCUCGACCAAAGCGCACUGAAGGAAAGGGUCUUAUUUGCUAUAGUUUCUUCUAAAAUUAUUACGGAUAAACCCUCUGAAGUCAACAGUCCAAGGCCUGAACGCAAGCGAGUCCGGAAUUUCUAA